GCGGUAAAAUUCAUUCGUUUUGUCCCAAAGUUUAACUUCAGUUUAUACUUUAUAUAGCAGUACAAUGUUUUUUAAUUUCUCUUUGUUGUUACUCUUUUUUGUCAUAACGGCUAGCUGUAGGAUUCCGUACCGACCUAGUACAUCCGGUACAGGUGAUCUUGAAGAUGAGAUUAUAGAACAUUCGUUCAAGGAUUGUAUAAAAUGGUUGACCAAUGUUCAAAAAAAAAAGACUAGUAGUUUGGCUUUACGGUUAUACAAUGCUCUAAUAUCCCAGACUAGUGAUUUAACAUUGGGUCAAUGUGUAUUGUAUAUGGGUAAUGACGAUUUGAAAUUCGCGAAUGAAUACUUUGAUGAGCAAAGAGCAAAAAAAAAAGAACCUUUAAAUUUAGAAGGAUUUGUUGAUCUUUUUAAACACGUUUGCAAAGGAAAAGGGAAGUCCGUACAAGAAUGCGCUGAGGAGUGGGAAACUGAAGAAGGGGUUAUAGUAGACUCGUUCAUUGAUUGUAAACAAUGGUACAACAGAAACCUACCUUACUUAGUUGAAAGAAUUUCAUGCUAUACAUUUGCCAGUUAUAUGAAAUUGGCUCAUGAAGAUGAUAAGUCCAUAGAUCAUCAUCGUAUCGUGAGUGAUUUCAUGCAGACCCGAUCAUACCCAAAUUUUUCAAAAGAUCCAGAAUUUAUAGAUUUAAAUAUAUUUGGGGAUUUAUUUAAAAACCAUUGCGGCGUACUACAAUUAUCGAUUAAAGAAUGCGCCAAACUAAGAAGAGAAGCAACGUUAAUUAAGAAGCAAAAAGAAAUCGAAAAUAGGCGUAGAGACGGAAGGGACUGCAGGAUUCCGUACCGACCUAGUACAUCCGGUACAGGUGAUCUUGAAGAUGAGAUUAUAGAACAUUCGUUCAAGGAUUGUAGAAAAUGGUUCUUCAAAGUCCCUAAAUACCAGACUAGUGAUUUAACAUUGGGUCAAUGUGUAAAGUACAUGGGUAAAAACCCAGAUGAUUUGAAAAUCGCGAAUGAUUACUUCAAAAAGCAAACAGCGAAAAAAUAUGAACCUUUAAAUUUAGAAGGAUUUGUUGACCUUUUUAAACACGUUUGCAAAGGAAAAAGGAAGCCCGUACAAGAAUGCGCUGAAGAGUGGGAAACUGAAGAAGGGGUCAUAGAAGAUUCUUUCAUUGAUUGUAGACAAUGGUUCUGCAGAGAUUCACCUUUUGUAGUUAAUGGAAUUUCACACGACGCAUUUAGCAGGUACAUGAUGUUGGCUGAUGAAGAUGAUAAGUCCAUAGAUCAUCAAGGUAUCGUGAAUGAUUUCAUACAGACCCACACAUAUCCAAAUUCAACAGAAUAUUCAGACUUUAUAAAUUUAAAAAUAUUUGGGGAUUUUUUUAAAAACCAUUGCGGCGUACUACAAAUAUCGAUUAAAGAAUGUGCCAAACUAAGAAGGGAAGCAACGUUAAUUAAGAAGCAAAAAGAAAUCGAAAGUAGGCGUUUAUACGAGGCAUUUAAAGAAGACGAAAAACGGAAGUUGGAACUCCUAAAGAAAUAG